AUGUCGUGCCAAGCGCGCGGCGAGCGUCUCUGUGCGGUUGCGCGAGCGGGUUGCAGUCAGACUCGCACGAGGGUGUCUGAUUUCCACCCACAAACCCUCACCCUCCUCCCGGUGCCGAUGUUGACAAAGAGCCGGGGCAGGAGGAUGGUCUCUCAAACUACAGCGCCAGUCUGAGACCCCCGACGGUACAUCGGCUCGGAAAAAACGAAUACCGGACCUCACGGUAAGUGUGGCAGAUCCGCUAAGAUUGGGAUCCUGUAGGACGCUUCGGUCAGGACAAUUCCGCGGAGGAGGUCCGGUAUGACCGGCAGACACCAGAAAGCAUCGACUCACCGAAGCAUGCACGCGGCCCGGUGGGCUUCUUGAUGUUUUGAACGGUGAUCGUGAAGCAAGACCCUGAAGCGCGCUGGACCUCACCGGGGACUCCGCUUUCUCCCGACGCCUCGCGGGGCCCAAGCCGUGCCUCAAGCGCGAGAGCAUGGGUCCGUGCGACGGGAGGUGCACGCUGGUGGUCAUCUGCUGCCUGCAGCUGGUCGCUGCAUUACAGAGGCAGGUGUUUGACUUUUUGGGAUAUCAGUGGGCUCCCAUCCUGGCCAAUUUCCUCCACAUUGUGGCCGUCAUUUUGGGAGCAUUUGGAACGGUGCAAAUCCGCUCCAGAUAUCUAAUACUGUAUGCUGUAUGGCUUGUGCUCUGGGUUGGCUGGAACUCUUUCAUCAUCUGUUUUUACCUGGAAGUUGGCCACCUGUCACAGGACAAGGAUUUUCUAAUGACAUUUAACACAUCGCUUCAUCGUUCCUGGUGGAUGGAGAACGGGCCCGGUUGCUUAGUUACUCCAGUGCCUGACUCACCAUUGGCUCCUCAGGAUCAUCAUGUGAUCACUGUCAGUGGCUGCCUACUGGAUUACCAGUACAUAGAGGUGGUCAGCUCAGCCUUGCAAGUGUUUCUUGCACUCUUUGGAUUUGUUUAUGCCUGCUAUGUCAGUCGAGUCUUCCUGGAUGACGAGGACAGCUUUGAUUUCAUUGGUGGAUUGGACUCUUAUAGUUACCAGCCUCCACAAAAGAGUUCUCACUUACAGCUGCAGCCUCUCUAUACGACUGGUUAAAAACCAGAAGAAAACCCCAACUUCAGAGGAAAACAACUGCUUAUCUCUGAGAGAUGAAGUCCUCUGCAUUUUGGGAAAUGUUCUACCAACUUCAACGUCUGUGUCUCUCAAACUUUGUCUCCCUCUAUUGGAGAAUAUACAUAGAGCCACACCAGCCAGAGUCACAGAGAGAGAACGAGCAUAUGGACAGGACCACGAGAAGGUGCUUACACAAGCAUUAUUAAAUCAGACUUGAAGACAGUGACAGAUCUUCUGUGUGUGUGUGUGUGUGUGUGUUCAUAUGUGCACAAGCACAAAGGCCUUUGUAUAUGUACAUGUGUAUUCACAAGGUGGGCGACCUUUGACCCAGGUAAUCUUUGAGCACACGCCGGAGCCGCCCGCUCAGCUCUUUCUGGUGUGUGUGUGUGUGUGUGAUUGUUUAUACUCUGAUAUAAGACACUAUAAUGUAAUGUGUUAGAUGAAUGUUUUAGGUUGGGUAGAUGUGUAUUUGAGGAAUGCUGUAGGACUUUGUGCAUGUAAAACUCACGACAGAGGAGUUGUGCCUCUGCUGGCCCUCAUACGUCUGCGUGCAUGAAUGUGCGUUUCUGAUUGUGUCGACAUACACGGAUAACACGUUUUGAUAUGUACUUAUGCACCUGACGCAUAAUGUGACUAGCCAUAAAUGUUUAUUUGAACACAAGCUUAGAAUGAAUGUAUGUUAAUGUACAAUACUUGUUUCAGGAAGGCUGUGUUUGUGUGAGCGAGCGAGUGUGUGUGUGUGAGGGACACACCUGAAGGGUGGGACAGUUGUUCAGCAUAAUAAACUCUUUCUAGAUUA